AGCUUUCACCCUCUCACAAAUAGACUUAGGCCACUCAGUGUUCACUUUUCUUUUGUAUAUCUUAAUGAAAUAAUCUAGAACCUGGUGUUAUUGCAGGACUCUUAACUCCCAUUGUUCCAGAUCAUUGCCUGGCACUGAUAAGAGAUGUUGUUGUUGUUGUUGUUGCUGCUGCUCUUCUUCUUUCUUCUUCUUCUUCUUCUUCUUCUUCUUCUUCUUCUUCUUCUUCUUCUUCUUCUUCUUCUUCAAAUUUGUAUACUGGCCUAUACCCGCAGGUCUCAGGGUGGUUCACAACGCAAAUUCGCAAUAUAAAAUCACAAAACAGCUGGAGUGAUUCAGGUCCCGUCCCCCCCACUGGUGUCAAAAACUUAAAUCCUGUUUCUCCUUACUUGAGAGUAAGCCCCAUGUGAAUUCACCUGGGGUUCAAAAUAAAUAUGCAUAUGAUUGUGCUGAUAGCCUCAUUGAGAAUUAGCUUCUGUUUCAUGAAAAGGUAAAUAGCAGGCAUCCCCAAACUUCGGCCCUCCAGAUGUUUUGGACUACAGUUCCUGACCACUGGUCCUGUUAGCUAGGGAUCAUGGGAGUUGUAGGCCAAAGCAUCUGGAGGUCCGCAGCUUGGGGAUGCCUGGUAAAUAGGAUGACUUUGCUUCAUCAGCUGGCUACAGAAUGGGGAAGGAAGCAUAAGGCUGUGAUACUGUACAUAUGUAUGUAUGUAUACGUGCAUGCAUGUUUAUGUGAAAUUUCUUUCUCAUCUUCGAGGAGCUCAAGGUAAUGUACACUGUGUGCUCACCAAGCCCCAUUUUAUCUUCCUUGUUGUGGGAUAAAUGAAUGAAAAUGAGUUUUAUUCUUAGGGAAGGUAUGGUGAGGGUAACCAUGCCUGCCUUAAGACCGAUUCUGUGAACAAAGGGGUUCAAAGGAGCCCCAAGGAGGGCCCUUUGCAGAACUGUUUAUCAGCAUGUUUUACAACCUGAGUUGCUGAGACAAAGCAAAUGUUGGACUCACAAGCUUGACUCCCUAAGAGGCUCUUUUCCUGGCUAAUGUUACAAUUAAGUAAAGAAUGUGUUAGAAGUAGAUUGUUAGCCUUGAAAGAGGGAUAGAUUUAUAGUUUAGAGGGGACCCAAGAUAGCAAGGAGAAAUAGCAAGUGAUAGUUUAAUUACUAGUAAAAAGGUAAAGGUACCCCUGACCAUUAGGUCCAGUCGCGGAAGACUCUGGGGUUCCCACGCUCAUCUUGCUCUAUAGGCCAAGGGAGCCGGUGUUUGUCAGCUUCCGGGUCAUGUAGCCAGCAUGACUAAGCUGCUUCUGGCGAAGCAGAGCAGUGCACGGAAAUGCCGUUUACCUUCCUACCAGAGUGGUACCUACCGGUAUUUAUCUACUUGCACUUUGACGUGCUUUUGAACUGCUAGGUUGGCAGGAGCAGGGACUGAACAACAAGAGCUCACGCCAUCGCGGGGAUUCGAACCACCGACCUUCUGAUUGGCAAGCCCUAGGCUCUGCGGUUUAGACCACAGCGCCACCCACAUCCUUAAGUACUAGUCAAGUAAAGGUAAAGGGACCCCUGACAGUUAGGUCCGGUCGCAAACGACUCUAGGGUUGUGGCGCUCAUUUCGCUUUACUGGCUGAGGGAGCUGGCGUACAGAACCAGAGCAGCGCAUGGAUACGCUGUUUACCUUCCCACUGGAUGGGUACCUAUUUAUCUACUUGUACUUUGACGUGCUUUCGAACUGCUAGGUUGGCAGGAGCUGGGACUGAGCAACGGGAGCUCACCCCGUCGCAGGGAUUCGAACCACCAACCUUCUGAUCGGCAAGCCCUAGGCUCUGUGGUUUAGACCACACCGCCACCUGCGUCCCAAUUAACCCAAUUACUAGUACGCAUGCUCAAAUGCUUCAUGAAUAUUAUAAAACACACCCCUAUUGUAAAAACCUGCUAAUUUGAAAGGACAUGGGAUAUAUGUUAUUGUUGGGGGGGGGUACCUGUUUUACGUGUUUAGGAGCAAACAUGAUGUAGGCGGAUCGGGAUGCCUGUAAACUGCAAUUUCUUAACCAAUAGGAAUUGUAGUAGGGAUAUUUGAACAGUCUUAGGGUGUAAGUUAUCUGUGAUGUGAACUGGAAUGCGUAAUCCCCUCUUUCCAGCAGGAGCUGGCGGGGGGGGGGAGGGGUUCUUUGUACACAGUACUGUGUCAACCAACAAUAAAUCUGCUUAUGCUUGAUUGUGGCAUAGACUUCUUCUUUCAGAGAAAAAUUUGAAUCCCUCUGGGAAAGAUCCCUGGAACAGAUUUGUCCAACACUUGUGAUGUAGGCUAGGUUGGUAGAUUGCAACUUGUCAAGGGCUGCCCUGUGAAGGGAAAACUACAGUGCCUAGGAUUCUUUGAAGGAAAAAGUGUGCUUUGAAGAUACAGUGUGUAUUCAGCAAUGGUCUGAUACUCUUAACUUCUAUACAUACCAAGCUGGAUCUAUGAUGUCAAGGGGCAUGCUUCUGAGCACAUCUGCAUAGAAUUUCACCACAUAGAUUGCAAAGUUCUUUGCAAGUGGGCAGUAGUAUAGUGGUGAUUAUUUAUAGUAACAAUAUGCUAACCCUUCUAUUAUGGCAACUUUGAUGAUGAAGGAAGCACAUCUUGAAAAUCAAUAAAAUACACUUUAAAAAGGAGGAGAAGGAGGUGUAUCAUAAUGAACCACAAUUGCUCCUAAGCUAUUUCAAAUUGAAGCCAUAUAAGAAGGGGGGAAAACCCUUUUUGGAUUUAUAAAGCUCUGUAAAUGUUUUUUUUUAAAGAAAUCUGCAAGCUGCAUUGCUAGAGACAGAUGGAUGCAAGGUCAAGGCCUGCCUGUCUCCAGCGGGAGAUUGCAUGCAAAGAUUUAGAUUGAGAAAGGUCCGAAAAGUCUGUGGCCACUUUUACAGGAGAAUAGAAAGAGCCAUCAAUCAAAGUUCUACAUGUUGCACCUCUUUUCCUUGAUCAAACAAGAAUUGCCCAAUCAGGAGCAAAAAUGCAAAGCACUUCGAAUUAUCUCUGGCUUCUCUCGGACAUUCUGGGACAAGGAGCUACUGCAAAUGUUUUUCGUGGACGACACAAGAAAACAGGAGACUUGUAUGCCGUAAAAGUGUUCAAUAACUUUAGCUUCCUUCGUCCUGUGGAUGUUCAGAUGAGAGAGUUUGAAGUGCUGAAGAAAUUGAAUCACAAGAACAUUGUCAAAUUAUUUGCCAUAGAAGAAGAGACAACCUCUAGACAUAAAGUCCUUGUUAUGGAAUUUUGCCCAUGUGGCAGUUUAUAUACAGUUUUAGAAGAGCCAGCUAAUGCCUACGGGUUGCCAGAAGCAGAAUUCUUAAUUGUAUUGAGAGAUGUUGUGGCUGGCAUGAACCAUCUUCGUGAGAAUGGAAUCGUGCACCGUGACAUCAAGCCAGGCAAUAUCAUGCGGGUUAUAGGUGAAGAUGGUCAAUCUGUUUAUAAACUGACAGAUUUCGGGGCUGCUAGGGAGCUGGAUGAUGAUGAGCAAUUUGUCUCCCUCUACGGUACAGAAGAAUACUUGCAUCCUGAUAUGUACGAACGAGCAGUAUUGAGAAAAGAACAUCAGAAGAAAUACGGGGCAACAGUUGAUUUGUGGAGCAUAGGGGUGACAUUUUACCAUGCUGCAACUGGAAGUUUACCCUUUCGACCUUUCGAAGGGCCUCGUAGAAACAAGGAAGUGAUGUAUAAAAUUAUAACUGGAAAGCCUUCCGGUGCAAUAUCUGGAGUACAAAAAGCAGAAAAUGGCCCCAUUGAAUGGAGUCGUGAUAUGCCUGUUUCCUGCAGUCUUUCAAAGGGCUUGCAAGUACUGCUCACACCCGUUCUUGCAAAUAUUCUUGAAGCAGAUCAAGAGAAAUGCUGGGGAUUUGAUCAGUUUUUUGCAGAGACGAGCGAUAUACUGCACCGAAUAAUUAUUCAUGUUUUCUCUCUGCAACAAAUGACUGCACACAAAAUUUAUAUUCACAUCCAUAAUAAUGCUGCCAUGUUUCAUGAUUUGGUCUACAAACAGACAAAAAUAGCUUCAAUUAAUCAGGAACUGAUAUAUGAAGGCCGGCGUUUAGUCCUAGAGCCCAGCAGAUUGGCACAAUCUUUCCCCAGAACCACUGAAGAAAAUCCCAUAAUCAUUGUGAGCAGGGAGGCUGUGAACAUCGUAGGAUUACUCUAUGAAGAAAUUCUGCUUCCUAAGGUCCACCAACGUUAUGACUUAGAUACUGAUGCAAGCAUGGCAAAAGCGGUUACAGGGGUUGUUUGUUACGCCUGCAGAGUUGCCCGUGCUUUACUGCUUUACCAGGAACUGAUGCGGAAGGGAAUCAGGUGGUUAAUCGAAAUAAUCAAAGAGGAUUACAGUGAAACGUUUCACAAAAAGACAGAGGUGGUUAUCAAGCUGGAAUUUUGCAACAGAAACAUAGAAAAAGCUGGGAAAAUAUAUCAAAAUUUGCUGCAAAUCAACCUGGCACCAUCAGAAGUGGAUGAAAUUUCAGACAUACACUCCAAGCUGCUACGGCUUUCAAGUUCGCGGGGAACAAUAGAGAGCAGUCUUCAGGAUAUCAAAAGCAAACUCUGUCUGAAUGGCCUGCUGUCUGAUGGCUGGACCAACCAGGAAGGCACACACCCAAAAGACAGAAACCCAGAAAGGUUGCAAGUGCUAUUGAGUUCCAUUACAGAAAUUUAUUAUCAGUUCAAAAAAGACAAAGCAGAACGCCGACUUCCAUAUAACGAGGAACAAAUCCACAAAUUUGACAAGCAGAAGCUUUUCCUACAUGCUACAAAAGCCAUGACCUUGUUCAAGGAAGAAUGUGUCACCAAGUACGAAGUUUUCUUAGACAAGGCAGAGGAAUGGAUGAGGAAGAUGCUUCUUUUAAGAAAACAGCUAAUGAAUCUCAGAAAACUCUGCUUCGAUAUUGAGGAAGAGGUGUCCAAAUAUCAGGACUAUGUAAAUGAAUUACAAGAAAAUUUGCCCCAUAAGAUGUUUGCUGCUUCGGGUGGGAUCAAACAUACAACUAACCCAGUUUAUCCAAGUUCAAACACUUUGGUAGAAAUGACACUUGGUAUGAAGAAACUGAAAGAAGAAAUGGAAGGUGUUGUUAAAGAAUUAGCCGAGAAUAAUCACCUUUUGGAAAGGUUUGGUGCUUUGACGAUGGAUGGUGGACCGAGGAAUGUGGAUUGUAUUUAGCUGGACAUUAUCAUGACACAGUCUGAAUUUGCACAGAAAGAGCAUUUAUCCAUUGAAAGAGUUUUCUGAACUUGGCAUUCCCCCUCAGUAUUUAAUAAAAGCAUGUAAAUAUGUACAUAAUGUAUAUAACAGAAAGUAUAUUUCUUUUGGUAACGUUACAAGUGGUCUUAACAUUUGGAGUAACAUCAGAACUUGCCCCCGUGUGAAAUAAUGACGGCUGCAUAUUGUGGUGAGCACAUUGACGCAAUGCAUUUGCUUCAAAUGCUGUCCUUGCCUGUUUACUUGUGAAUGUUGCUAGAGAAACUGGUCUUGGAAAAACCCGACUUCAUUUUUGUCAAGGAGAUUGGGCUUCCCCUUAAGUCACCUGAAUGCACAGUACCUCGUUUAUGGAUCCUCUGAAAUUGUUUCCUGCUGUCUUUCAUUGUGAGCAGAUGUCUCUUACCAAGUACAAAAAAGAGACAGGGAAAAGUGUGAUUACCUUUUCAAGAAGUAUCUCUCUUAACUAAUCGUGAAGGAAAUAUUUUUGGGUUUGUAAUCAUGUUCAGUUUGAGUACGUAUAAACUGCCAGUUUUAGGGAUUUUAAAAGCACAUAUAAAUUGAAUCUUCUAUUUGCUAAAUCAACAGAUGACGGAAAUGCUGUAACAUGUUUGUUAGCAUAGAGUGUGUCUCAAAAUCAAUUAAUCUUGUUAAUUAAAUCUUACUGGCUGUAAAGAAAACUAUACAAUUUCAAAAGUAGCAUUUACUUUCACUGAGGAUACAUAUACAUGUUAAACGUUGAGCCUGGUUUGGACCAUAUACUGGUUUCUAAUCUUUGUAAGUUCUACUGAAGUAGGAGAAUUGUUUCCUUUUUUAUUAAAGCCAUUUUGAAGCAUUUGACACUGAGGCAAAACAUUGGCACAGGUGUUUAUGCAGUUGCCUUGGAAAAGGAGUUGGCAUUUUCCUCAUUCAUUGAAAGUGCCUUGGCCCAGUUUUCCUUACAGCUCAUCAGCCCCCUUCAGCGCAGAGGCCCAAAGUUUAGUUCAGCAUUGGACAGGCUAUCAUGGGGAGGAGGUAGUAGAGAAGUGAGCUUCUGCUAGCUUCCUUACACUGUGCUUUUAAAAUUUCUAAUUCAACAUACAUACAUGCACACAUACAAAAACAAUCUAAUUCAGUCUUACUGACUUUAGUGGAACUUACUUUCUAACAUGUCUAGAAAGUAAAGCUGCUGUUCUCAGCCAGAGUAUUCUGGAUAAGUUCUAGGAGAGGAUCAAUUGAUCUGAGGCUAUUCUAGAAUUCUGUGGAUUGAGGCCUUCAUAGAACACUUCAUUUCUUUUAAUCAAAUUUCUAAUCAACUCUACCUUCUGUCUCCUCCAUUCCUGACAUGCCAAAAUAGAAACAGGAAUCAUCUUAUCUCACAUAGUCUCAAAUAGAUAAAGAAAUUAUUUCACUGUUGUAGCCCUUAUUUUCAUUACCAAGUUUCCAAUAACCUAGUUGGAAGGACUACUGAAAUCAUAGGUAGUAAAUCUAUGUGAAAUUUUGCUGCCUUAUUGUAUGUAAAUGUCUAUUCUGAAAUGUUGAGAUUAUAUUUCUGUAAUGUGUUUACUUUAUGCUAAUCAUUUCUGUUUUACAGAAUCAUCAUUUUGCAUAAUCAUGUUUAUAACAUAAUUUUUGAAGGGAGGAAAUGGAAAAGGGUUGAUUUUUCUUCUGUAUACUGAAACCAGUUUUAAACAAAUAGUGUAAAUCAUGGAUGACAGCCUUUUAUGUCACUCAAGACAUUUCUGCCACAUUCUCCCAUCCCUUCAGAGUUUUUCCCCCUUUCUAUUAGUUUCAUUUUAUUUUAUUUUUAAGGAUUUUGCCAUCUCUCUGAAUUUUCAGAAGAACGAGGAGGGGCAGUGUUUUAUUUGAUUAAAAUACUUUUUUU